CACUCAUUUAUAAGCCACAUGAAAAGAUACAAAAAAUCAGAUCCUCUUACAACAUAUAUAAUAACAUAUUCCUCUUGAUUAUUUUUCAAGUCAUCUAUUCGUAUUCCUCCUUACCAUUUUCUUCUCUCGCUCAUCUUUGAAAAACCUAUUUAUCAGCAGAAUACUAGCUCACUAGCAAGCAAAGCCAUGGCAACCUGUGAGAGGAGCCUGCAACACAUCUUUGAUAACCUAUUGCCAGAAAAUCCAACACUACUAGAAUCCCUUUCAUUGAACAAAAUUAAACAUGUAAAAUCCUUAGAGUCCUCUUCCUCCACUUGUACUGAGAUAUUUGGUGAACUCCAUUUCAAGGAAUCAUCACCAGCUUCACCAACAACAGAGACAAACAACACAAAGCUCAACGAGAACAAAGACUCUGAGUCUUCUGAUACUAGUCAAACUCCAUCUUCAGCUUCUUUUUCAAUUACUCAAAUAACAAGCCAUGCCAACAGCAGGGACAAAAGCAGUGGCAGCUUUUCAUGGUUGAGUUCUGAAAGCAUGCAUCUUUGCACGGAGGGUCUUGGUUUCGAGAGCUCGGAUGAUGUUGAGGACUCAAAGAGUGGGAUAAAUGAACAUUGGCAAAUUGAUCAAAACGAGAAACGUGUCGAACAUCGUUUAUCUUCAAGAAAUCAUUCUUAUGGAGAAUGUAGGAGGUCAAGGGUUAGUGGAUACCCUCCUCCCAUUUCAAUCAUGAGGAGAACAGGGAAGCCUGGGGUUUAUUUCAGGUCUUAUAGGGAUAAUGGAAGAUUUGUCCUCGAAGAGGUAAGGAUACCGACACAAGAGUUCCUUCGUGCUUAUAGAGAGGAUGGAAGGCUCAAGCUGCAGUUUGUUCAUCCUCCAGAGGACGAGUUUACGGAAGAGGAAGGGGAAGAAGAGGAUGAUACAGGAAGCAUAGAUGAUGAAAGAGAAGAUAUUGGAAAAGAAGAUGAUGAUUGUGUAACACAUCAUUCAAAUGAAAAAGAGAUUGCUUGAUGGUCAAGUUACUAAUUACUCAAUUAACAAAAGGCAGAAAAUUUGAAUAAUCAAGACAUUUUCUUCCCAAUGGAUGUAAAAAAAAUGUCUAAAUAUUUGAUAAACACCCUAUUAUAUAGGUUUGUUUAAUUUUACUCUUCUCUAAUUACAGGUUAUAGCUUUGUCUUGUUGAACACUUAUCCCUCGCAAACGAGUAUUGUUGAAGACACAUAAACCACGUGUAAUAUCGAUAUUUUACAUUAAAAGUGUGCCCGAUAUCCAACACUAUAUGUAGUUACUAGUUACAUUGAAGCACUUAUAUUUUCUUAAAUUAUUAUCGGUAUCUAUAUGUCUCUGAUGUCAAGACUUUAUUACAAUGUGAAACUGUGAUUCUAUUACAUUUCAUUUUAAAGAACAUGCCAUUGUCAAAAGUAAUUCUUUUAUGGAAGUUCACGGGAGACCUAUGACAAGGGACAGCUAGACAGGAAAGAAAACAUGAAUACCCUUUUAUUAGUCCUAUGCAAACAGUUCUAACUUCUACCAAUCAAGUUGUAA